GCAGCCUGCCCGACGAUAUCGUCGCUUUGGGUAACACGGUGAUUUCUAUUAUUUUUUUUUUCUUUCUCAUUGUCACUUCACGCCGCGAGUUUUCCUUUGCGUAUCCUUUUUCACGCGAGCAUGCGCGCAUCAUCCGAAACUGACUAACACGCGCGAGUUAAACGCGACGAUCGUACGUACCCCUGCGCACUCGUACGUAUAAAGCACGCAGCAACGGGAAACAGUGACUUGCUUACGCGAUCGUUCGUUAAAUACCCGAGGAGCACGUGUAUUCGGAGGGGCAGCUGAACGGGAUAGCGCGCCCGAAAGAACGCACGCAUUUCCCGGCUCGGAAGCUUCCGGCAACUUUCAAGUAACAGAUUCAAUUUUCCAAGGAAGGAUUUCGAUGGUGUGCCAAGAGAAACGAUUGAUAGUUUAUGGGAAUGUGUUUCUGGCAAAAGGAUGAGCCAAGUGGCUCCAUGUUCAGUCGAUUUCUAUUAAAAUAUUCUGGUUUUCGUUAUACCGAGGACAUUGCCGUGAUCUUAUUGUGAAAGAAAAAGAGAACAGAAUAAUAGCAGACAUCUGCUCUAAGAACGACUUUAUGCCGGUAACCAGGGCCGGAAAACAGAACUCCACGAGAGGCGCAAUAGGGAGUUAAGAGUACUUCCGUUUCUCCCUAAGAAAGUCGUGCGGUUCAACCAUAUACAGGAUGUUGCCUGCUAACGUGGUAUCAUUCGUCAAAAAGAUGGUGACGACGCAACCAGAUUCCGGAACAACCGGAUCGGUUACGCCAGAUGAUGGAGGCACCACCUUCAGCAAAUGGAGGCAAUUGGGAAGUGGUGUGAUACGGGACGUUACGAAAUUUGGUCCCUCAAAAGUCACCCCUCCCGAAGAAACACAACCAAAGGAAGAAACAACUACAGAAUCAACGAAAACGAAGUCGAAAACCGGGGAUGAUUGCAGAGUAUGCCGGAAGUCUUUCGCUCCGGACGAAACCUCGAGGACCUGCUGCGAGUGUCAACACAAAGUUUGUGAGGACUGCGCUUGCUAUUCGACGACAACGAAUUCCGAUGAUCCGUCGUCAUGGCGUUGUAGCGUGUGUCGACGAAAAAUUGCGUCACGGGACCAGCCGAUAGUUACCCAGGAAUCGACGGAUUCCCUGUUGGAGGUUCCUGUUUUGGAAGCACUUCAGAGGAGGCACAGCGAUGCUAGACUGGGUUGUCAAAGCGGAAGCCAGAUCGGAGGUCUCGGUUCCGGAUUGGCACCUCCGAGAAGCCCGGAACUUAGGAGACAUUCCGACGUGUCUCCUGCUAGUUUAAAGGAACUCGAGAAGUUUCGAAAGGUUGCAGGGGAACGCCGGGAUGACCUCAGAUGGGAGAGAGACCUGGAUCGGAACAAGUCCAGAGCUACCUCACCGGAUCGUCAUCAGGUGGAGAGAGGAAGGGCCACGAGUCCUCAAAGGGUUGGCGUUGAAUCUUCCGUCGCAGAACCAUCAGAAUCAAUGCCCAUCGACGCGGACGAGGAUGAGGAACGUCGAAGACGAGCUCGUCGAACCGGUGGCACGGUUCGUUGCAAAUCUCGCAUGACCAGGCAAAGGUCGUACGACGACGAAAUGAAGAACGUGGCGGCGAUGUCCGGAAGCGGUGGGCAGCACGCUCAUCCGGAGCCAGGUCUAGGACUUCCGGUGCAGCUACCAAGGCGAGCAUCAGCCUAUGACGUGUACGCUGCACCAGGGGUUGGAGGACUUAACGCCAUGGCCAUCGCGGCUGCCCAGCAAAGAGCAUCGAUCUCUGCCCAAGGUGGUAGAAAACCGGAGGAAAGGCCAACAUCGCGAAGAUCAUCGUUUAGGGCAGUGAAGCCUGUGAUGCCGUACGAAGUCGGGGCUGAAGAUGAAAGUAUGAUGAACUUGGAAGCAUCUUCUGUGCCAGUAGUUCCACCAGCGGUGGUGGCUCAACCUGUAUUAGUUCCUGAUGAGGAACGACGAACUAGGCGAAGAGGCUCUCAAUUACCGGACAUAAAUGCCAUCAAGGCUUUGGCAUCCUCAGCUCCAGGAGUGGCUAAAGUAGUCCCUCCACCUGCUGUAAAUAGGGUUGCAGCUGAAGAUCGUGAACUAGCUCGUCAAGGUAGUCUCGUGGAUGGAGAGAGCAUUAAAAUUGUUAUCCAUCAUGCAGAUAAUGACAUGACGCCAUGGGUAAAUGCGAAAAGAAGACUGAAGUUAAGGAGGGAACCAGCCUUGGAUAAAGGACACCGAACGGCUGGUUUUGGACUAAGAGUGGUGGGUGGUAAAACAGGAGCUGAUGGACGUACUUUAGCAUAUGUGAUGUGGACGGUGCCAGAUGGGCCAGCAGCAAAAGCUGGCAUACAACGUGGUGACAAGGUGUUAGAAUGGGGUGGCGUGUCUCUGGUGGAUCGAAGUUUCGAGGAAGUGGUUCAGAUAACCGAGCGUGGCGACGACAUGGUCGAGCUAGUUGUCGAACAUGCUGCGGACACCGGGGAUUUACCAGAGGAUCUAGCCGCGGUGCCGUCAUCGGGAAAAGUGUCAGGAAAUAUGGGCCUACUGAUGGAAGGGGAAACGGAUAAAACGCCCUCCUCACCGACUCGCAGGAAACUGCCAAAGACGCCGGAACAAAUUGCAAAGGAGAAGCAAGUGAGUGGACGAGUACAGAUUCAAGUAUCCUACGAGGCGGAACGGAAAGAAUUGAUCGUUUCCGUUUUUAUGGCCGACGAUUUGUGCGCGAGGGAGGAUACAGGAUACGGUACUCUACCGGAAGCUUAUGCCAAACUAGUCCUUGUACCGAUUUGCGCUGAUCAGAUAACUUUGAAAACGGCAGUGGCCGAGCCAACUCAAAAGCCAAUUUGGAAUGCAACAUUACUCUUCUCCGGUGUCGACGGCGAAAGUUUCUGCUCUUCCGACAAGAAACGAUCGAUCGAAGUGACACUCUGGGAUUUCUGUCCCGACGGCGAUAAUGUUUUUCUCGGCGAAUGCAGCGUCGACUUGGAGGCAGCUCUCAAUAACGACAGAGCAUGUUGGUAUCGGCUGGAAGAUCCCCGAGGUCUCCGUGCGAGCAAAUCACCAUAUUGUUCGCCCCGUAGCUCGUUUUCCAUGGAGAUUGCCCAAAGAUUGUUGCGAAAGACGGAACUACGGGAAAGAAGUUACAGCGAUGAUACGCAAAGCGACAGCGGAAGUCCGGAACUCGGCUUUCUGCAUCCGGAUCACGCUUGGCAUGCAAAUUCGAGAAGAGGAUCCAGUCAGUCCGAGCAGCUGGAAGUCGAACCGUACGAACUCAAUAGAGAUUACAGUAGAUCUUUGCCUGGUAGCCGGCGAAGUAGCUUUCAGAGUCAGGGCGGUACCGAUAGUAAACGAGGAAGCAUGGGGGAGGCUGACAUGCCAGCCAUAGUGCAUUACAACCGCGAUCGUCGACGUAGCUCGUUCACCAGACCCAUGAGGGAUCCAGAGGAAAUCAUGGAGGGUCUACGAUCGCUGAAAGCCGCGAAAAGGGAACUAGGCAGGACGAUGAGUCUCUCCGGAGACAAAAGACGCGAAAGCCGGCGGGGUGAGCGCAAAGACAGCGUCAUGAAUAUUCCAGAGAGGUUUUAUGAUCGCAACAGUGAAUCGGACGAGGAUGAAAAGUGGAGUCACAAAACGAGGGGCGAAAAUGGCGUUGAUGCUAAUCUGGGUCGCGGACAAGUGCCACCAAAGGGAUUCAAAAUCAUAGCUGGGGCUCAAAAUGGCGAAGUGAAGCUUGGUUUCUGUCUGAGCAAAGGGACUCUCGAAGUGGAGGUCAUCUGUGCCAGAGACAUAUGUCCCGGUGAGAAAGAAGAACCAGAUACCUACGUGAAGACGUAUCUUCGCGACGGCGACAGGUGGCUUCAAAAGCGUAAAACACGCGUUAUUCGGCACUCGAGAAAUCCGCAAUAUCGUCAAACCCUCAAGUACAGCAGCUGCGACGCUCUUGGAAGGAAUUUGUUAGUGAUGCUUUGGGAGAAGAAACAAGCGUUCGAGAGUAAUCAAGGUUUAGGCGGGGCGGAAGUGAGCCUCGAUCGGCUCCCAUUGACAAAAUUGACCGUCGAUUGGUAUCCGUUGUUUCCUAUUCAUACUCUCGGUACUCAUACAGCUGAUUCUCCAUGAUGGCUGAGGGAAAAGUGGGCCCUAGAGGCCGGCGAGCUCGACCUCAGAUUGAGCCUUCUGCUCAAGGAUGAGGAAGAAUCCGUCGUCAAAAUUAUCUCCUGAUGGAACAUUCAUUAUUUCUCAUUUCGACAAUCUUUUUUCCUUGUUUAAAUCAAUUUUGAAUGGUAUCCUUUAAUUAUGUUUCCUUUUUAUUAGGUACAACGAAUCUUGACUCUUUGCUUUUCAAAUAUCGAUAAGAUUAAUAUUGAUAAUUUUCAAGGUCUUUUUAAUAUGUUUCUGCAAUUUAUUAAUUGAUUAAUACUAUGCCUUUUUUCAACCAUUUUUUGAAUUCUAUUGUGAAGACACACGAGGGUCCAUUUUUCCCAUAAAUUAAGGAUCGACGGAGACGUAAACGAAAGACGAUCGACAUCUGUCAUGGUAACGCAUGCUCUGGUUGAUCCAGCCUUGAGAUUCGAUCGUGUCUCGUUGAAAAUGUGCGAAUAUUGCAUUAUCUUUUUCUUUCGUGGAGGUAUCUCGAAAAUUAAUAAGGAAAGAAAAUUCGAUGGAUGAUCAGAAAUAAAUGGAAUCUGGUUGUUUGUGCAAUUAUAAAGCAUUAAAUUUUUGAUCAAUAUAUACACUUACCAGUCAAUAUAUAAUUUACAAUUCAAUUUUAAUGAAAAUAUUUAAAUGUUCACUAUUGAAAAUUAAAAUGAAAACUUAGUCGUUCUUUAAGUGUAUACAUUUAUUGAAUUAACAUAUUGAAUCGAGAUAACUCCUGCGUUGUUUGAAUUAUUUUAACGAUAGACAAUCGUCACCGAGGCUCGCUGGCCGAGCCCAACACACGAAGAGCAAUCUGUAAAUGGUUACCGGAACAAUUUUACGGGAAACACGAAUGGCAAGCGGAAAAUUUUGUUGUUAGACGUCAAGCAAUUUUUGUAGCUCGUAGACUGACAACAGAGAUUCCUCGAACGAGGAUUACGUGGAAUAUAAGAAUCGUCGAGAACUGCUGCAACUUCUUCCUGUUACAGACACGUAGACAUUCAGAAAUUUAUUACUUCAAUUAUUAAUUUUCAAAUUUGGCUAAUUUAGGUACAUGAUAUUUUAGCAACAGUAUCCACCAAAGAAUGGGUAAGCUUUUUAAUUUUUAAAAUGAUUUCUUCUAUCGAAUGCCAAUUAUAAUUAGGAAAUUAAUUAUUUCUUCCAUCAGAUAUUAAUUUCAAUUUGAAAAUUUUUUAAUUAUAAAAAAUUUGAUCAAUUCACAAGGAUCAAUCGAUUCAUCGAUCAAUGAUCUACACUAUAUACAGAAUAUUAACUAGGAAUUUGGCAGUAGUUCUCGAGAUUAAAUUAACGUUUCCUUCUUUCGCUUCAAAAAUACCAAAGGAUUUCAGAGGAAAGAGAAACGUCGCGAAAGAAUCGAAACGAUACGUGAAUGAUAAUCCUAAAAGUAUUGCGCUUACCCCGCCCAAAUUAUAAGCAAAAUCUCUAUACUAUAUCGUGAAAUACAAAUUAUAAAUGUACGCACGAAAUUAGACACUUAAAGUCUGGUGCGUUAUACGAUAAUUCGAAGCAAUCAAGCUUAAGUGUUAAUGAACCAUAUUUCGCUGACCAAACUCCAUUAUUAAACAGAUAUUUAACCUUUUUCGUAACAAUUUUUCUUCGUAUGGGUGUUGAAUUUCACGUAUUAAAAUCAGAAAUAUUAUCAUCCUUAUACCGGUAAAUAGAUAAAAAAUCAUAUGCACGUAGGAAUUGAAGUUUCCGUUGUCAACAAAGUUUACAUUUUUUUAUUUGAACAGAUAACCCCAUAGAGCAAUAAACGAGAAAAAAUAUGGACCAUUAUGUCAAUCUCUAGUAUACGAUGAAGGUUAAAAUCUGUUAUGACCCAAAGAAAUUACUAAUUAUCGUGGACGAUGACCUUUUCCCAGCGAUAAUUGGAGAACCCUUCUUCACUUUCAAUUUCUCUUGAUUGAAUCUUACAAUCUCCAAACAAGAGUAUGACUAUUUCUUACACUAGGUCUGGGCAAUUCAGUAUUCCUAUGGCAGUCAUUAGAUCACCGCAAAUCCAAUCUAAUUCAAAUCUAAAUUAGCCAUAUUGAUUAAGAAAUAUAAAAAAUUUCGCAUUAGAAGGAAAUCUAAAGUUAAGAAAAUACGAAAAAACGUUCUGACAUUACUUUAGGGUUCUAUUAACUAUAUCCAAAAGUAACCCAAAAUGACACCCUAAAUUGCCCAGAUCUUUAAAACAAUCUUGAAAUAAUUGACGGUGGUCCACCAAAAGGAGAAGCUCGAAAAGAACACUCGAGCAGAGUGACAAACUGCAAAAUUUGAUCGGCCUACAAACAUAUCCUAACGUUUCUUUAAGGGUACAUCGGGUGCGAGGAUGGUUUUGACGAAAGCUUUUUAAAAUAUAUAACACGUUCGUUCUUUCUUUUUCUUGAAAUCAAUCGAGCUUUCCUCGAAAACGUCCUCGUCCGAUGUUAAAUCGCACGGACAAUCCUCUUGAACGAAUGCAAUCAUCUAAGAAACCCGUAGAUGAGAGAAGUUCUUCCUUCGUAAAUGGCUAAGGCACACAAGUAGGCGCAUUUUCUACUAGACUUCGAAGCGACCUACUUUAUUAUUAAUUGUCCUUGUAAAUCGUUAACGCUAUUCCGAUUUGGUGAUAUUUCACGAAGUUCUGCUUGAAAGUGAUCGCGAUUUCGAAGCUUGAACUUAUGGUCGAUUGCUUUUUCUUCGAUAAUUAGGGGUGUGUGGAUUCUCAAAAUUACGGUUCACGGUUAUUUAUUUUAAAUAGAAAGCUGCACUAUCCCUCAUUUCAGAAUAUUUCAUCAUUUUUAAUAAUUAAAAGAAGGCAGUUUCAACUUUAAUUUGAAUAUUCACUAAAAUGGAAAUAGUAUAACCAUAUGUCUUUGGUUGAAAUUUUAUGAUAGAAUUUCUAAUUUUUGAUAGCAGUUCUGAUCAGAUAUUUAUACAAAUAGUGUUCGGAAUUCUGACCCAAAAUUUUGAGCAGUCAUACACCCGUUCAAGCUUCUUUUCAUCGUAGGAUCAAAUACGAAGGAUAUUAAAAUGAAAAGUAGCACUUGUCUCUUUUCCCUCGACUAAAACCCACCACUUUUUUCUACGAAACGAGAUUCAGCCUUUCGAUGUCGAGUAUGAAUCAAGUCUGCCUAACUUUGUGACUACUGUAUCGCCUACAUAAAAUACUAUACAUAUAGAUAUAUAAAAAUAUGAAAGAAAUCUCUAUAUAUAUAUAUAUACAUAAAUAUACAUAUUAUAUACAUAGGAAGGUAAGAAAAUGCGUACAUAUGCCGUAUCAAAAUUGACAAUCGUGAUCGUUGAUCCAGUGAUGUACAUUCGCAUCAAAAUAGGUAUCCUUAGGGAAAAUAGCGAUAUAGGUGAGCCAUUAAUAUUCAAAACCUUAAUUUUGACGAUAUUAAUGUUAAAAGUAAUUUAGAAAAGAAAUAAUAUAAUUUUGAAUGAUUAAAUAUUAUAAAAUUUAGUUUAUAACUGAGAAAUAUAAAUUAUAAAGAAAUAUCAAUUCAAAUUCUCCCGCGCACACGUUUAUGCGCAAGUGGUGGGAGGCUACAGGCCUAUAUAUACGGGGCCUUCUCCCCUCCAUUGUCAGUCUCUUCGGGACCGCCGAAGAAGAAGGAUGAGAACUGGAUGUAUUGUCACGCUCCCUGAGGAAACCUCCUUUAAUCGUGAAUGUACGUAAUCGUAAUUAACACGAUCAGGUGUAGAAAAUAAUAGGUGUAGAGGUGUAUAGAUAUAAUUGUAUUGUAUGUACCUGCGAUACACAUCGUCGUAACAAUCGGUUGCAUUCUGUUCCAAAGAUUCUUUGAAUUGCAAUCGAAACGAAAUACGAUCUAAAAAAUGAGAAAUUAGGGAUUACAUCCAAGCAACAGCCUCUUCCCGUACAUAUCUGUGUUGUAUGUACUCGUUCUAACGUCUAAGUGUCAAAGACAAUCUCACUGAAAUCGCGACUAGGUGACGGGAAAUCAGAUACGAUUCAAUUAAUGGUAAUUAAUUACAGUAACUUGAUCAUCUUUCAAUAUAAUUAGAGGAAAAGUGAUUCUUUUGAACAAAUCAGUGAAUAUAUUUUAUUGUAUUGUUAAUUGAUUGGCUCAAAAAUAUCACUUUUCCUUUAAAUAUAAUUGAACCGAUAGAUUCUGAUUUGCUUGCCGUUAGAAAGUAACGAAGGUAGACUCGGUUCGAUGUUUUAAACCUGUACUUCUACGUAUCACUGUGCCAUUUCUAUUUAAAAUGAAUCUUUGAAAAGUUUCUCUUAAUAAUAUAGCAAAUUUCUAUUCUAGAUUUAUUUUUGAUUAGAGAGCAUAACAAUAGUCAUGUUUCAAUUUGAGGAAAUUAAUAAUCUUUGCCUUAGGUUUGAUUAUUAAAAAUCUAACGUGUGACUGAAACAAUAAUUCACAGAAAACGAUUGAAUUACAAUCAUGACAUUCCCCUUUGGCAAUCAGUUUCAUACGAGUUGUACAGAUACUGCUCAAUUACGGCCUAAAACCGAGAAAAAGGCAAGCGAACGUAAAGUAAAAUAUUUUCAGAGUGCUUGAUCUUCGUUAAUGGAUAUUUAGUCGCGACCUGUGCACCUGCAUUCGCAGAAUCAUGCAUAAGCACUCGCGUAUGAACGAGAGUGCAUCUGUACACCUGCAGGCAAUGUAGACCUUCUUUAAUUAGAAGAAAAAAAUGUGGAGGGAGGAAUUAUCCCAUCAAUAUUUUUAUUUUCCAUAUUUAUUUACAAAGGCAGAAAACUGUCAGACUUUUCUCAAGCUCUUCUCGAGUUCUUCCAAAAUAUAAAGCAAUUUGGGAAGCCUAAUUUGCAUUUGAUUGUACGUUUUUAAUGAAGCUCAUUUUAAAUUCUAAAUCGAUGGCUGAAAUUUUUAUUACGUUUGUAUUAUUAAUCUAUUUUUAUAUAAUUGUUUUUUAAAUACCUUCCCAAAAAUUAUUGGGAGAUUCUCCUUUCUACAUUUUUCUUUAACCCAAAGAAGUCUACGUUGCAUGUAGGUAUACACGAACGACCCCGUUGCCAUUAAGAAUAAAUGACAAUCGGUGGUUGAUCACUUGUAAAGCAUUAUGUUAUCGCAAAACGAAUGUAAUACGAUUAAUGCUUUAAGUGUCGAGCGAUUUGGAAACUGGUGUUAUUUUUUAGGUCGUACAUGUACCUCGAUGCCAAAGGAUGACGAUAUUCAUCCAAGACCUACAGACGUCAGCUACAAAGGUGUUAGAUACUCUUACGCGUUUUUAAUUCAAUCAUUCUAAAUAAUGCAUAACGUCACUCAAAAGUCUGAGCUAUUUUCUAAGUGAAAGUAAAUACUGACAUCUUAUCUGCAGCUUGCUGAUGAAAUAUAUAAACUAUCGCUUUGUAACUUAAUAGGAAUGAUAAAUUGAAAAGAGUGAUUCGUACAAUAUAAUCAAUUUUAAUUAUUGGUUGCAUUAUAGAUAAAUUAUUAAAGGAUAAAGAGCUGAUUAAUUGAUUUUUAGUUAAAAACCAAUGGCACCAUAAAGUCAGCUAAUAGAUUUUUAAUUGAUAGCAAAAUUAAAUUGAAAAAUUUCAAAUUUAAUUUCUGAAUAUAUCCAAUUUUAUUGUACGAUAUUAUAAACAUUGCAAAAAUUUAUUUUUUCAGCUCUAUAGCAACAUUAUCACAUCUUCUUUUAUUCAAAAACUUUUUUCCAUAACUUUUGCACCAUAUCUCAGUGCAUUUACUAUUUCUCAAGACUCUUAUUGUUAGAAUUACUAACGUAAGAGUCAUUUACUACAAAAUUACUUAAAAUUCAGUCAUUUUAUUUAAAAUUUCACUUAACUUUUUCUAAAGACUAUUAUCUCUAUAAUGCUUCUAACAUUCCCUACGGAAAAUCGAAAGAAAAAAAAUCAUGUCGAGACUUCGUGAAAUGCCAGACGGUUCUUAUCUUUCUCUUCUCACUAUCGUUAUUAUUCUUAUCGUUUAUCUACACUUCGGAUGUUCGUGGAUUAUAAAAUUUGUAGUAGACGCUGGGUGAGGCAUCAUUUUAAAGUUAGUCGAGCAAAACUUAGAUGAUAUAUCGCUCUAUACAGAAAAUUUCAUGUGAUGUCCUUACGUGUUAAGUGUUGAUUGUCGCACAUGUGGAUUAGAACCACGGUAUGCGUUUUAGACUUACGGAUUAAUUCGAGUAUCGAUUAACUUUUAGCGACUAUACACAGAUUGACUACUGUUCGAUUCAUUCUCUGGCGGUAGCAUAUACGCGUGUAAGGAAAUUCGUAAUAGAAAUUUAGAUUGAGUCGCUUUUUUAUUUACUUUUGAGAAGUUAUAAAUAGUCUGUCAGUAACAUAUUCGUAUACUGUGCUAAAGGGUUUAUUUUUCAUUGUAUAAUUUUCAUAAAAUCAAGAAAUGAAAAAAUUUGUAAUUGAAAGUAUUCAACAUGACCGAUCUCAGAUUUUUCAUUUUAUGAAUUAUUUUUUACUACUUGUAUUUAUUUUAAAUAGAUACAUGGAGAAAUUUCAGAAAUAUGUCUUCUAUUACUUUAUUUUAUUUUUAGUCCGAAAGAGUUGGACUCUGAAUUCGUAGCUUGAUAAACAAUAAUUUUUUAAACAAGACAUUUUAAUUAAAUUGUAACAAAAUAUAUGAAUGUUUUUCUGGCAGACUGUACCAAUAUGGAAAUACCUUCUAGGACAGUGUGUUUCAACCUUUUUUGUCCUAAAAGUUUCCGAUCCUGUUGGUUCGAAAGUUUAAUUAAUAAGAAAGUAUAUUGUAAGGUGGAGUCAAUAAUUUUAUCGAAUGUUGAAAGUAUAUAUAAUCGUAUAAUUUUAUGGAAUUAGCCGAAGAUUCAGCGAGAAAAGACAACCAUGAUAUUAAGAUUCCUCUCUCGUCAGGGAGUUAAAUGUACAGAAUUUUAUCGAUGUUACAGAUGAAACUAUGAUCACAGAGUUUAUGAAAUAGCGAUACAGAAAAAGAGUAUAUAAUUACAAUGGUUCCUCGGAAACGAACAAGUUGAAUGUCAGUAAUUUUAUCAAUGUUGCAAAAUGAACAAAUUAUAGUUAUCAGAGUUUAUCAGUGAUCGGUACACGCUAAAUAACUUAAUACACAAUGAUUCCUCGUGAAUAAACCGUUUCCGUCUUGUUCUACUAUUAUCUGAUAACAAUCAAACGGCUAUAAGUACGAUAUUCUUUUUUAACAAUGAAAAUUGUAUGAAAUUGAUACAAAAGGUUUGUUGGAAAUCAGUUUCAGGUGUUAUUAAAUUGCUAUAAAUCAUUGCAAAAAUCUAUGACCAUCUAAAAUUUUGCCUUUCUUAUUAUGUUACUGCAAAACAUUUUAUAAAUCUACAAUGAACCGAACUUUUGUCUUUUUAUUAUUUACAGAUUAAAAGUUAUUCUUUAAGCAUACAGCAGACCUUUUGCAAAUUAAACAAUUAAACAUUUCCAACCAAUAAAAAUAGAUAUCUGGUUGGAAAUCACUGUUCUAGGACCGAUAGAAUGAAGACUAAUUAGAAAAGAAAAAGGAAAAAUUCAACGAUCAUUAAUUAGGCGUGACAGAAAAUCGAAGAUGACUUAAUAAAAAAGAAACUUUUUCGAAAGCCGUAUCUGAUGUAGUGUAAAGUGUGUGUUUCAAAUGAGAGAUUGUUACGUAGCUGGUGAUUUAUUAUUGUUAUGAUGAAAUUCAAAGAUGAAUGAUGAUUUUUUUGUAGCAUGAAUGGGUCACGCGAGUCUUUCGAAUUUUUCUCCCAUUUCUCAUCUCGAGGAACUUUGUGGAUUUGUGUACCCCAUCCGUAACCCCCCAGCUGGCCUAUCCCCUUAAUAAGAAAGAUGUAAGAUGUAUAAACGGAUAUUGUA